AAAAAGCUGCAGAUCUGGGACACAGCAGGACAAGAGAGAUUUCGGUCCAUUACGCAGAGUUACUAUCGCAGUGCCAAUGCAUUAAUACUGACCUAUGACAUCACCUGUGAAGAGUCCUUCCGAUGCCUCCCAGAAUGGCUGCGGGAGAUAGAGCAAUAUGCCAGCAAUAAGGUUAUAACUGUCCUCGUAGGAAAUAAGAUUGAUUUAGCAGAUAAACGAGAAGUCUCCCAGCAAAGAGCAGAAGAGUUUUCCGAAGCCCAAGACAUGUACUAUCUGGAGACCUCUGCGAAAGAAUCUGACAAUGUGGAAAAACUCUUUCUGGACUUAGCUUGCCGGCUGAUCAGCGAAGCAAGGCAGAACACACUUGUGAACAAUGUGGAAUCACCAUUACCUGGCGAAGGGAAAAACAUCAGUUAUUUGACUUGCUGUAAUUUCAACUGAUAACUGAUUCAGCCUCCGAGGGUUAUGACUGUUUCUCCUUGCCAAGGCCUGUCAUAACAGAGGUUGUUCCUGCCGCCUUGACCCAGUCUGGCUGGUGGAUGUUGUCAGCUUCCCAGUCUUGAAGCAUGGCCAUCUGGCCACUUCGCUUGUGGGGUCAGCGUAGAAUAUAACCUGGUUUAUUUUCUUUUUCUUUUUAAAAAAUCCAUGUGACAUGGAGAAAGCUAGAAUUCAAGAAGGCGGGCUAGGUAUCCAACGGCAAGCAGACAUCAGAUGGUUUCUUCACAGCUUGGGAAGCUUUUCCUGGAAAUGGUGAAUAAUGCAAGAUCCCUCUUGGACAAGAUGUUUCGGUUCUUUAAAUAAGGAAAUGGAAAUGCACAUCAGGCAUUUGGCGGUUGCCCUGGGCUGCCAGCUAAGCAAAUACCUGUAUAUAGAUUAUGGCCCCAAAGCAUUGAUUCUUAGGGCACAACUCAACAAAGUAUGUGUGCGUGUGUGGGUAUGUAUGUGUGUACUCCAUUUUUUUUUUAAAUGUAAGUGUUAAUGUCUCCCACGUUCAGGCACUUUUACUGACAUGGAAGUUAAAAAUAGAAAUGCCAAUACUUCAAAACCAAUGUUCUAUGUGUAUCGCAGCUGAAUGAACAAUUCCCCAGGCUAAAAUUUUAGAGGCAGUCCAUUAUUGCUAAUUCUGUUCUGUACAGAAGUUAGAAAAUGUUCUCAAAUAAGUGCUGCUUGUAAGCAAACAAACUUUUCUUGUUGGUACAAGCAACUCUUAGAGUAGUUCUUAUAGGCUGGUGGCAUUUUAUGGGGAUUUACUAAUAAUAAAUAAUAAAGUUAUUAUAUUUAUACCGCCCUUCCAUAGAUCAGGGCGGUUCACAGCAAAUAUCAAUAAAACAAUUAAGAAUACAUAAAAACACCCCUCUCUCACUGACCCCUCC